AUGGAUACUGUGAACAAGAUGAUGUCGAGCGCGCACAGUCAUGGCCAGGAUUCGUGCUCCAAGGACCCGGCUGGCUGCAUGCGUGCCGUCGUGUGGACGGGCAAGUCGGUGAAGCUGGAACACGUUUCCAAGCCGAAGAUCAUGGAAGCAUCCGAUGUGGUGGUGAAGGUCACUGCUUGCUCGGUGAGUCCGGACUUCGCCACGGAUGUGAUUGGAAACACUGCGGGGUUGGAGAAGAAUCAGGUGCUGGGUAGUGAAGCUGUUGGUAUCGUCGACAGCGUUGGCGCCGAGGUGCAGAAAUUGAAGGAGGGUGACCGCGUUGCCAUCAGCUUUGUGCUUGCUUGUGGAAAGUGCAAGCAUUGCCGUCGAGAGGAGUAUGCGGCGUGCAAUUGCACGAACGCGUCGCAGGAGUUCAAGCAGACCUACGGCGGUUGGGCUCCGGCAGCUGUACUCGGGAGCAGCCGGAUGCUGGGAAACGUUCCGGGUGUGCAGGCUGAGUUUGUCCGGGUACCAUACGGGGACGUGAACUGCUUCAAGCUGCCUUCGGGUGUGUCCGAUGAUAAGGCCGUCCUAGGGGUGGAGACGACGGCAACGGCUCUCCAUGCUGUUGACUCGGCCGCCGUGAAAGAGGGUGACCAUGUGGUCAUUUGGGGCCUUGGUCCCAUUGGACUGCAAGCGGCUCACUGGAGCAAGCUGCGCGGUGCGAAGAAGGUGGUGGGCAUUGAACAAAACCCGGAACGACUGAAGUUUGCUCAUGAUCACAUGAAUCUGGAAGUGGUCGACCGUCAAGACUUGAGCAGCGCCCAAGUGGUGGAGAAGUUGCACCAAAUGCUUCCGCCUGCUGGUGCCGAUGCGGUGAUUGACGCUAGUGGCAGCGCGACAUCGGGUGGAUUUUUGGCCAAGCUGGAGAAGUCGAUGGGGAUGGAGAAACAGCCAGAACCCACGGAUACGCUGAAAGAGAUGAUGAUGAUCGUGCGAAAGUGCGGCCACGUCUCAAUUGUGUCGGACUACCAGCGCUCUAUUGGAUCGUUCCCGAUCGGUCAUGUCGCGAUGAAGAGUGUGACUGUUCACGCUGGACGAACGCCGGCGCAGAAGUACUAUCCUCAGGUGUUCGACGCGAUUGAAAGCGGCGAGCUGGACCCGUCGGUGCUAAUUUCGCACCACUUGGCUCUUGAAGAGGUGCCUGAAGCGUAUUCCCGUAUCGCCAAGAAGGACAGCGGAUUCUUGAAGGUAUUUGUGGCGCCGCACGAAAUGCGCGCGAAGUCGUAA